UGUUGGGGGUGGGAGUGCGUGAGUAUGGCGUUCACAUAAUUCAUCCGGCUGGGGGUGUGCUCCGUAGCUCGUGUCGUUUUUUUUUUCAGUCAGUAUAAAACUGGGAGUUCCUCUCGCGGAAUAUACAGAUGGAGAGAAUCGCUUGCGCCACAGGGAUAGUGACAGACCACAGAAGUGACAUACGCGCAUUUUAUUUCCGUGAAAUAAGCCCGAGUCCGCGCCCGUCGAGGGGAUGACUGGACUGUGCGCUCUCUUUUUGACGGCGCUGCUUGCGGCCUUCACCCGCUUCACGGAGAGCGUUGGGCCGGUGGUCCGUUGCGAGCCCUGCGACUCGCAUGCGCUGACACUGUGCAAGCCUCUGCUGCCGAGAGACUGCUCGGAGCCGGUGCGAGAGCCGGGUUGUGGGUGCUGCCUGACUUGUGCGCUCCGCGAGGGCCAAGCGUGCGGAGUUUACACGAGCCGCUGCGGAAGCGGUCUCCGUUGUCGGCUCUGGCCUCACGAGACUAGACCACUGCAAGCUCUGCUAGAAGGCCGGGGAGUGUGCGCCCCAGUCUCAACAGAUAAAACACUCACAGGAGUAAUAUUGCCCACCGGCAAACACGACAACCCUGAGGAGUCCUAUCAGGAGGAGACUAACUCCAACCUGACCAUGAUGACGGUCACGUCGGCGGUGGCCGAGGAGCAUCCCCUGCCGGCCACGUCGGAGCACAAAGCCCCGCCCCCGCCACUGCUCAGCAAGCUGGGUGUCGUCCGCAAAGAGAAGAACAGGAAGAGCCAGAGCUACCGUGUAGAGUCGGUGGGUGGCGACCUGCACACGGACACACAUAACUUCAGCCUGGACACCAAGAGAGAGACGGAGUAUGGCCCCUGUCGCAGGGAGAUGGAGAGCGUGUUGAAAAGUCUUAAGAUCACAAACGUGCUGAACCCAAGAGGCGUUCACAUCCCAAACUGCGACCGCAGAGGGUUCUACAAGAAGAAACAAUGUCGUCCUUCAAAGGGUCGCAGGAGAGGCUACUGCUGGUGUGUGGACAAAUACGGCCAGCGAUUGCCCGGUUAUGAUGGCAGAGACCAGGGAUCUUCCCACUGCCACAGCUUGGAAAAGAAGUAAAAUGUGGUGACAUGUCAUGGGAGAGAGAGAGAGAGAGAGAGAGAGAUGGAGACAGAGAAAGGGCUAGAGAUGUUUUAUUCUUUUGUGGACUUGGGAAAGAUAAACACACACUUAUAGGCAUAGUGUGUUUGUGUUUGUGAUUUGUGUGUAUGUGUGUGUAUGUGGACCUGUUUUGUGUGUGUGCAUGUGUGUAUUUGGGUGUGUCCUUUUGGGGUUGGAUCAUGCAUAGCUCCUUUACAGGUUAACAGUCCCAUGGUGCUUAGCUCUUCACAUGGUGCACUGGUGCUGGUGUAUAUCGGUGAGCUUAAUAGAGCCCGUUUUUGUUGGUGAUGUCAUGCCGGUCUUUUGACUGGUCAGUUUUGGUCUGGAGCUCUUGCCCUCUGAUUGGCUGCCACUUCAGCUUUCUCCAAUCAUGUUGCGUAUUUGCUGAUUGUCCUCUGUCGUCCCGAUCACCAUUUACAGUUGUCAUGGCGGCAGCCCGUCCCCCUGUAGUGAGCACGCUCCAUCAGAGCAUACGCACUAAAUGCACUUUUCACGCUGUCCAAGAUAGCUUCGGUCACACAACCGUUAAGCCAUCCCCGGUGGCUCGCCACACUCCAGGAACUAAAAGAGUUAACAUCCAAAAGGUUCUAUUGAACCUUUACCAGAAAUACCUUUGUUUUUAUUUAUUAGAUUUUUAUAUUAGAUAUUUAUUCUUCAUAUGAAUACAUAAUGGUGAUUGAAAUCUUCCAUACUAAGAGAAAAUAGGGUUGUUGCAAGAAACUUGGAAAGAAGUGGCGAGGAACCACCUUAUGAGGAUUAGAGCCCUGCAUAGAACCAUAGAAGCCGUUUCAGCUCUGAAAUGCAGUUGUCAGCUCUAAAACGCCCUUUUAUGUGAUGUUUUUGGGGAAUACAUAAAGAACUCUGGAAGGCUCGAAAUGUCUUUUUUCCGAAGAGUGUGGGUAGAUUUACAAAACAUGCAUUAGAUGCCACAUUAAGUGGAGUGAAGCUUUUAGUCAGACAGGACAGCAUCAUUUACACAUGUAUCAAUAGACAGCAUAGCGAUCAAGUAAUUUCUUUUGCAACUUGUCCAGCAGUUGAGCUAGUUGAAGCUUGUUAAGGAAAACUUUGGGACAUUGGCCUAUGUAUUUUACCUAAAGAGAGAGUCUCUUGUCCCAAACCUGGCAGUUCCUUACAAUAAUCUGAUAAAACAUCCUCACCAUCAACAUAAGUGUCUGCAAUACAAAUUGCUGGCUAUGUGUUUUCAAAGGAAGCAGUGUCACAUUGGAUGUACUUCCCAUUAAGGCCACACAGACAAUGAGAGGCCUACUGAUGCUCAAUCCAGUGUCAAGCUGAAUAACUGAGAAUUGAUUGCGAUAUCAGAGAAAGAAAAUAUACCUCGAUCUUGACAAAAAGACCUAACGCCUUUGUGUUAUUAACCAGAACCAGAAGUCAAUUCCAUGGAGGAAUUGUUGAAGCCACCCUAUGACUUGGAAGACUGCCAGCCUUAACGAGACCAGAGGGGUCUUUUGCCUUUUAAUUGUGGCGAUGCUGGAAUUAGACUUUGAAGUAGACUGGCCAGAAACACCACAUCACACUCAGUGCCUGGUGGCUCACAGUCGUGCAUAUGCACACACACAUACACACAUACCAUUACAGAUGCGCAUAGAUACAUGCACAAACAAACCCGCACCUCUUUGUCCUUGAAUCCUACACAUUACAUUUGGACGUCAGGCCCUAUCUUUUUAUUUGUGCUCUACACCUGAUUUCCUGAUUGAAGACUUGAAAAUGGAGGGAACCAAUGAGACUGCUGCCCAGUAGUUCAGGAGCAUGAAGUUUGCCAACCAGAAAUUACCCCCUACCCUCUCAAAUACCCCCUACUCUUCCCUUCCCACAAACUAACAAUAUAAUACGUAUAAUAAUAUAUGUAUUAUGUAUAAAAUAUAAUUCAUAAUUAUUUACAUAAUUAUACCAAUUAUGAAUAUAUAUGCAGACUUUAGAAAAAUAUCUCUGGUGCUGAAGUUUUCUUA